AUGGCUAAACCGCAUGUGGUGCUGUACUUUGAUGUGAACAAGACGAUUAUUAUGCACGAUCCUAUGCAGGGAAAGUCGCUCCAUCAUGUCCUCAACGACCUCUUGACAGAACGAGCUUUGGGGCGAGUACUGAAUGAGUCGAAUGCCGAUCCAAAGUGGGUUUGGAAUGGAGAACGGAUUUUGGAAAGAAAAUUGCCAAUUCAAAAAGACGACGAUGGUCUGAUGUCCUACGGGGAAUUUUUAAGAGCAAAGUAUCCUUUAUCAGACAAUCCUGAGACUGCCAAAAAAAAUAAAGACACGAGGAGGACGUUACGUCUAGAAUUCACGAGCGAAGGAAAUCCGGGUGAAGGGCUGGAAAUUGAGCAUGAGAAAUUAUUGCAACACCUGCUUCUACCUCGUACAGAAGCGAGUGAUGCCCAUUUGCACGAGUUAGGCCUGAGCGGAUCGCCAUAUUUCUUUAUUGUACCAGCAUUCUUUCGGCUACUGGAAUAUUUGCAAACAAAUGAUUUUAUCUUUAACAUCAUUUUCAGGACUUUUGGUGACGACUUACGUCGAGUGGCGCAAGAGUUUAAUUGUUUUUGCGAAGGACGCCAUCCUUACUUUCCGUUAAUGAAGCCUAUGGAUGGAUCGGAUGGAAGUGUUGAUCGACGUAUAUAUCUUGAUGGAAACCUGGAUGGAAACAUGCCACGUUUUGGAACCUUUUUGCGAACGAGAUGUACCACAGCUUUGAUCAUGGGUUCAUUCGAGCAACCUGAAGCGACUAUUGCCGACCCGCUAGCCUUCUACACUUCUCAAAACAAUCAUGUCAAGAUUAUGCAAGGAAUACUUCAGAUUCACCAUUUUCUUGUGCGACGCUGGCGAAAUUCGCAAGCCACGCUAGCUUUGCGUGACUACUAUCCGUACUGGUUUAGUAAUGGUGAAGUUGCUACUGCGGGAAAGCUACUACUAGUUGAUCGGGCCGAUUCCACUGAAGGGAUGCACACAAUGGAGCAGCACAACCUUUUGAAGAGACGCGUGAGUUGCACUUGA